AUGGCUGAAUCGAAGAAUGUUGCACUGGUCUUUGGGGCCAGCGGUAUCUCCGGCUGGGCUGUCACCAGAUGCGCUCUUUCAUACCCCACGCCCACCACCUUUGACAGAGUGAUCGGCUUGACGAAUAGGCCGUUGCCUCUGGAGAAAAGUGGUUUACCGCAUGAUCCUCGACUGGAGUUGCAUUCCGGAGUGAAUUUGCGGGGGACUCUUGAUGAGGUGCUGUCCCAGUUGCAAGAGAAAAUUCCUAACCUGGAAGAUGUCACCCACGUGUACUAUCUUGCCUAUUCCAAUGCAACUGCAUACUCCAUGGAUGUGAUGGCUAUCCGGGAUAUCAAUGAGGGAAUGACCUAUAACGCCGUGCACGCUGUCGACCGGCUGUGCAAGAAUAUGAAGUUCUUCGUGCUUCAAACUGGAACAAACAAUUAUGGAGUCGCUGUUUUUCGCUUCCAAGAACAUAUCGAGAUCAAUCCUCCCUUGCGCGAGGACAAUCCGCGCAUCCCUUCGCCCUGGGGAGACGAGAUCUUCUACUAUGCGCAGGUCGACCUGAUCAAGGAAGCCAAUAAAGGCAAAUCUUGGAAAUGGUGCGAGGUUCGACCGGAUCAGAUCGUCGGCCAUGUUCCCAUUCCCACAAGCAUGACAUACGUCGAGCCUCUCGCGCUCUACUUGAUGCUAUACCGCUACUUGAACGGCCCCGGUGCCACCGCUGCCUUCCCAGGACCCUACACAAACUAUGUCCACACGUAUACGCCAUCCUCACAGGAUAUCAUCGCCCGUUCGGAGCUCUACCUGUCUGUCGAGAAGCCGGAGCAGGCGCACGGAGAGGCAUUCAACACGGCCGACAACGCGACCCCCGCACCUUGGACUCUCGUAUGGCCCAAGAUGUGCGAAUACUUUGGUCUUAAUGCUGAAGGCGCAAGCCCCGAGGACAAGGGCUGGAAGGACAUCGACAAAUGGUGGUUCGCACACCAGGACGACUACAAGAAGAUGUGCGAAGAGUACGGUCUGCGCCCUCGGGAGAUUCCCGAGGCGACUUGGAUUUUCCUUUCAGCAGGCUUCAGCUUUCUGGGUCGCAACCGCGAGCUGAGCUUGGAUAAGAUCCGGAGUGUGGGUUUCACAGAGGAGUACCCGGUUGCGUAUGGGUAUUUCCGAGUGUUUGAUCGCCUGGCUCAGGAGAAGAUUAUUCCCAGCAGGGAGGUUUGGACUAAAUAG